AUGUUCAAAUUGUUUUCUUUAUCAGUAUUUUGUUUUGUUGCUGUACUUGCUUACGUUACGUACACUAUAUGGACAGUAGCACAAUUAUUUAUAUCUCCUACUUGUUCUUCCCCGGAAAAAUGUUUUAAAUCUUAUUUACACAAUCAACCGAAUCUUGAUUUAUAUUUAUUUAGUUCCGUAAAUCAAGAAUUAAAUCAUCAUAGUCACGUACAAUUAGUAGAAUAUUUUAAGGAAUUUUCAUAUGAAAAACCUUGGGAGAAAAAACUUUCUGUUGAAAUUCCAAACUCGGUUAGAAAUAAUGGAAGUUUUUUCCUGCAUUUUUUCACUGUUCCUUCUUCCUCAUCGUUGAGUAAUACAUCAUCUUGGUUUAAAGUAAAGCAAAAUAAACAUUGCGUUUAUUUUAGAACUCGUUUAACUCAAUUACACGUGCCUGAUUCUUAUAUAUUUAACUUGUUGAAAGAAUCAAGUGACUCGAAACGAGGAAAUACUUUGGAGACGGCUAAGGAUAAAAAUAACAUGAAACCAGUCAUGCACUUGAAAUCGAAAAUAACAAUUAACAUGUUAACAGAUCUUUUGUAUAUUCCUCAUGCAAACAUUCCUAUUGAAAUGGCUAAUUUCAUUAAAUUAACUCAAGACAAAUUGUUUUUGCCAAUCAUGACAUAUAAUUUUUUAGAAACAAGAUUGAGUGAUUUGAUAUUGAUUAAAAAUUCUACAGAGGAAGUAUUAUUAAAAUAUUCACCUAUUUAUUUUGGAAAAUUACGUUUUAUGGUACAACUUGAAAGUACAGUUUUAGCACUUAAAAAAAUGGGUUUCAGUCCGAGGGAUGUUGAUGACAUAAAAAGUUUUUUUGCAAGCACAAAUUUUUAUUUGUUAUGCAUUACAAUUAUUAUAUCAUCUUUUCAUUUACUUUUUGAUUUUCUGGCAUUUAAAAAUGAUGUUUCCUUUUGGAGGAGUAAAACAACAAUGGAAGGUUUGUCAUAUAGAACUGUAUUAUGGAGAGCUUUUAGUCAAAUUGUAGUUUUACUUUAUUUAUUCGAUGAAAAAGCUUCACUCAUCGUUUUGGGACCUAGUGGAAUAGGCACAAUCAUAGAGAUAUGGAAAGUAGUCAAAGUAAUGAAGCGAAGGAAUUCGAAAGAAUCAUUGGAUUCAGAAAAGCAGACGAAUAAAUAUGAUGCAGAAUCGAUGAAGUAUCUAUCAUUUAUUUUGUAUCCUUUGUGUUUAUUAGGAGCACUUUAUUCAUUGUUUUACCAACCUCAUAAAAGUUGGUACUCUUGGUGCAUUCAAAGUUUAGUGAAUGGCGUCUACGCAUUCGGAUUUUUAUUCAUGCUUCCACAGUUAUUUAUUAAUUAUAGAUUAAAAUCAGUCGAAGCUUUACCCUGGAGAGCUUUCAUGUACAAAGCAUUUAACACUUUUAUCGACGACGUUUUUGCUUUUAUCAUAACAAUGCCAACAUCUCACAGAGUCGCUUGUUUUCGCGACGACAUUAUAUUUAUUGUUUACCUUUAUCAAAGAUGGUUGUAUCCGGUUGACAAAACGCGCACAACAAGCGAAUCGGCGGAAUUUGUUAAUACAAACGAAGACAAAAAGGAAAAAAAAAUAAAAUAA